AUUUAAUCAUCGUAGUUCACUUACCUCGUGUACGUUCUUCCAUAUUGUGUUGGAUGAAUCAAAAUAACAAAAGGCUGGAGUAGCCAUAAAAACAUAUAUCUUCCAACAUCCUUAAGUUGUGAAGACUUCUUCAAAAUAUAAACAUCAUGGAAAACUUAUAUGGGAUUGGUGUUGCCAAUAGAUACGCUCUAUUUCUGGAUGAUGAAUCUGAUCCCCUGGAAACGCUUUCUUUGAAAGAGCUGGAGAAGGACUCCAAAAAGAAAAACAAAGUUGCAGAAAAGGAGAACAAAGUGAAGUCUGAACCUUUAAGUAAAGGAAAGACGGCACCAGCUCCAAAAAAAAUUAUUAAGGAUAACAAUAGAGAUCAGGAAAAUAAAAGAGAAGAUGUUAAAUCUUCUCAGAGAUCAAUUGUUGAUAAUAAACAGGACCGAGAGAA